AACAAUGACAUAGUCAUAGUCUUUCGCGGUCGCUGCGGCAAGAGCAGGAGUGAAGAUGAUGCUGAAAAGCUGGACGGCCACGGCCAAACGGGAGAAGACUGGCAUCUUAAAACCCAGGUAUAUUAAAGUGUUAACGAAAGUGAUCUGGGAUGCUCGUGGAUGGACGUUGAAAGAGUUGCGGACACUAAAGUUCUUAUACGAUCGAGUCGAGCGUUGACAUUGGUCGAAGACGUCCCGCGCCACGUGGGAAAGUCGGCAGUUCGCUAUAUCCCGAAGACUCCUUUUGUCGAUAAAAGAAAGUCCCACAGUAAGGCGGAGGGCGAGCAAAAUCAAUGCCUGGAAACAAACAGUGGCGGCUGUGCAAUCCUUCUCCGGACUAGAAACCUAUGUUUCUCAGGCCAAAUUCGUCUCUACGAAAUUGCACCACAGCAGCGAGUCAAUGCAUUCCAGGGUCUUGCACUCAUUCGAACAUCGCUGUCGAAACGGCGCGGCGCGUUACCCGACGCCAGAGCCAACAUCGUGCGAUGCCAGAGAAGCUGGUGGCAGAACAUCAAGGACGAGGACCUCAAUCAAACUCUACUUUACAGAAUUCUUGACGGGUUCAGGAAGUUUGACCCCACAAUCGAACACUUCUAGAAGCCAGACCUGACAACUGUCAAUGCACAAACAUCUGGACUCAACCGGGAUCAUUAUUGGUGUUGCGCAAUCACUGCCUGGGUUCUGGAGAUGAGCCUGAAAGCGGUGACGAGCCUCC